UGAUUUUCGUGUAGAGAAGCGUUUUUUGACUUUUUCUUGUUUAUAUUUCAAUUCAACAAUCAUCUGAAGCCUUUGUCAUCUGUGAUUUUAUAAUUUUUGAGGUACAUGUAAAAGUUUUGAGUUCGUAAUUUUUUUUUCUAAACUAAAACGGUGGCGAUGAUGAAAAAAAGGCCGGACUUACGGCUGCUACGAAGCACCAGCACCAGAAAAAGUGUGGUGUGGGUAGUAGAAUGAUGUUAAAGUUCCCAAAGGUUUUAAUAGAGUGGGUUUAAGCUGCUGACAAGAAGAAGAAGAACACAAAAACCCUAACGCAAAAGAUGGAAUCGAAAGCUAUUUGCUUGGGGUUUCUUCCUCCAAGACUUCGUUUUUCAUCUCCAAGUUUACUCUCUAAUCCUCUUGUUUCGUCGACAUUUGCAACGCGUCAAAAACUUGAUUUAAGACAAGAAACUCUCGUUUGGAACAAACCGCAAUUGAGCCGAGGUCGUGUACUGUUGUGUUCUUCUCAAUCUGAAUCAAGGCCUGAGAAGAGUCAAUUCGAGAAGAGUAACUAUGCUCGAGCUGAGCUGUUCCGUGGGAAGUCAGGUUCUGUUUCUUUCAAUGGUCUGACUCAUCAGCUGGUUGAAGAAAGUAAACUUGUUUCAGCUCCGUUCCAAGAAGAGAAAGGUUCUUUCUUGUGGAUUUUGGCUCCUGUUGUGUUGAUUUCUUCAUUGAUUCUUCCUCAGUUCUUUCUAAGUGGUGCCAUUGAAGCUACCUUCAAAAACGACACUGUUGCUGAAAUUGUUACUUCGUUUUGCUUUGAGACGGUAUUUUAUGCUGGUCUUGCAAUAUUCCUGUCUGUGACUGACCGAGUGCAGAGGCCGUACUUAGACUUCAGCUCCAAGAGAUGGGGUCUGAUCACUGGACUGAGGGGAUACCUUACGUCUGCAUUCCUUACAAUGGGUUUAAAAGUUGUAGUUCCCCUAGUUGCUGUAUACAUGACUUGGCCAGCUCUCGGAAUAGAUGCGUUGAUCGCGGUGCUUCCUUUCUUAGUUGGCUGUGUUGUUCAACGAGCUUUUGAGGCUCGGCUUGAAAGACGCGGCUCAUCCUGUUGGCCCAUUGUUCCAAUAGUCUUUGAGGUGUACAGGCUGUAUCAGGUGACAAGAGCAGCGACUUUUGUUCAGAGGCUGAUGUUUAUGAUGAAAGAUGCAGCAACAACUGUAGAAAUUACAGAGCGGGGAGUUGCGCUCGUUGGUUUGGUUGUGACUUUGCAGUUUCUAGCCGUUAUGUGUCUAUGGUCGUUUAUCACUUUUCUAAUGCGCCUCUUUCCUUCUAGACCUGUAGGUGAAAACUACUAAAUCUCAGUGUUUAGUGAUUGUUAGAUGUAGCCAAAUCCCAUCGGUUUUGUUCUGUUUCUGUGCUCAUUUCAGGAGUAAUAGGUUGUAUUAAAUCAUUUUGAGGGUUCGUUGAUGUAAACUUGAAUACUUGAUGUGAUCUUAUUGGGGAUUUCACUUUUGUGAUACUUGUCAAAAGUUUCAA